CGAAUCUCUCCCCUCUUGCCUCUCUUUUAUCUUUCUCCGUCUCUUCCCUAUCAUAUCCAACCACACUGUAAGAGUACCGGUUCCAUCUCCUUAAAUUCUGGUCUCCCCGUGUUUUCUCUCCUGAACGGACAACUCGGAAAAGUAAAACAAUAACAAAAACAAAAGUUGUCAAAUGAUGAUUAUCCUUUCGUAGGAUUCAUUUGAACUACUACACUUUUAGUACAGCACCAGAGCACACCCACAAAGAAAUACACACAAGUCGAUCAACUCUUUUUAUCCUUCUCCCCUCCUCGCAACUAAGGCAAGAUGGGUAUGGAAUUUGUUUUCAUAAACGUCAAGGAGCCGAAGGAUGCUCUUCAACUCGCUAAGGAGCCUGAAAUUCGAUCCCACGUGGCUCGGUAUCAGUGGAAGCAAGCUGAGAACCGCCCAUCCCUCAAGCGAAAAAGAAACGCAGUGGUAUCGAUCUGCAUGGGAGCAGACUGUUGUCCAGCCUGGCAACCCCGAAGCGACUCAGAAACCGAUUUCCAUGACAGUUCGGGCCACUCCUCCACUCUCCCUUUCCCGUUUCAAUUAGGGGGACUUCGAGUCGAUCCUUUUCGAUCCUACCCGAUCGACUUCAGACCAUUCGUGCCAGUUCUUGUGGAUCACUAUCUGAUGGACAUGGCUGUGGAUAUCCCCGAGCUCGAUCUACCAGGGAACAAGGGCCUCUUGAGAACAAGUUGGUUUCCUCUGGUUAUGAGUGAGCCUGCGCUGUUCCUAGUCAUCAUGCUGCUCGCAGCAUCCCAUUAUGCAUCUCUGAACGAGCACACAGCGGAUAUGAAGAUAAACCUCCUCAGCCUCCGUUGUGAAGCGGUACAAGCCAUCAACGACUCCUUAAAGUAUCAGCGACCGGACCGGGUAAGUGAUGCGCUGGUAGGUGCUAUAGCGAAGAUGGGAAGUUAUGAAGCGAUGUUCGGGAACAUAGAUAAUUAUAGCGUGCACAUGAAGGGCCUCACUCGAGCCGUCGGACUACGAGGCGGUCUAACAGCACUCGGUCUGAACGGCUUGCUCCGGCGAAUUGUGGUCUGGAUUGACCGCAACGCUGCCUUCCUGCACGGAUCGACGCUGUAUUUCCCUGGCGCUACCUUCGUGCCGGGUCAGGCUCUCCCCGAUCCGAAUCCUGGUCAUUUUCUAGCAUCUUCGUGAUUGAGUAUAGGGCUGGGAUAUACCUCUGUAUAUAUGUAUGUGUAUAAUAUAGCGUGGGAUAGCUCGGGCAUCUGGAGUUAAUGAAAUUUGUCAUUUUGAACAAUGCAACGUGUCUUUGAGCCCGGAAUCAUUUCUGAAUUGGGAUAUCACUCGUGGACGGACCACACUCUAUUCGGUUAAACGUCGAUGAUCAAUCAGAUUGUAUGCCUCAACGAUCGCGUAACCGACCCAUGAGGGAA